GCGGGGGGGCGGGAUGGCGCUGCCGCCUCCUUCUCCCCUCGCCUCCGCCGGCCUUGCGCAGUGCCUCGGCGACGGGCGUCGGAAGGGCGGCGGCGAGGCGCGCACAGAAGGGAGGAAGGAAGGAAGGAAGGGACGGGCCAAGGGCGGCCGGGCGAGCGAGCGAGCGGGCGGACCUCCCCGCCCUCGGUCCCUCCCUCUCUCCCUCCCUCCGGUGGCGAGACGCGGCUGCGUUUUGCGCGACCGAGGCACCCGCAGGCACAGCCGGACGGAGCAGCCGUUGGCGCGCAGCGGCGGCGGCAGCAGCAUCAGUAGGACCGGCGGGCUCCUGCUGCCCCGAAGCCCUGGUUUCACUCCUGGGGGUAGCACCCCAUCAACACUGGUGUCUUUCUCAAGUGAAGGGGGCAGAGAGUCAAAAUGUGUGAGACUCUGGACCUGGAAAAGGGGUGCACAGUGGAUGAACUUCUGCAUGGAUGCAUUGAGGCCUUUGAUGACGAGGGCAAGGUACGAGACCCCCAGCUCGUCCGUAUGUUCCUCAUGAUGCACCCCUGGUACAUUCCCUCCUCAGAGCUGGCUGCGAAGCUGCUUCAGAUUUACCAGGAAUCGCGUGGGUCAGAAAACAGUUCCCUGCAAGUUAAAACUUGCCACCUGGUCAGCAGAUACUGGAUCUCGGCCUUCCCCGCAGAAUUUGAUCUAAACCCAGAGCUGGCAGAACAGAUCAAGAAGCUGAAAGAGCUUCUGGGCCAGGAAGGGAACCAGCAUCACUCCAGCCUCAUUGACAUAGAGAGCGUCCCUACUUACAAGUGGAAGCGGCAAGUCACACAGCGCCACCCCAUGGCACAGAAAAAGCGCAAGAUGUCACUGCUCUUUGACCACUUGGAGUCAGGGGAUCUGGCGGAGCAUCUCACCCACUUGGAGUACCAUUCCUUCAGCAAGAUCCUGUUCCAAGACUAUCACAGUUUUGUCAUGCAUGGCUGCACGGUGGAUAACCCUAUCCUGGAGCGGUUCAUCACCCUCUUCAACAGCGUCUCCCAGUGGGUGCAGCUCAUGGUGCUCAGCAAGCCGACAGCUCAGCAGCGGGCCCAGGUGAUCACACGCUUCGUUAUGGUGGCCCAGAGGCUGCUCCAACUGCAGAAUUUCAACACACUUAUGGCCGUGGUGGGUGGGCUUGGCCACAGCUCCAUCUCCCGCCUCAAAGAGACACACAGUUUCGUGAGCCCCGAGACCACCAAGGUCUGGGAGUCCUUAACAGAAUUGCUGACCUCGGUGGGAAACUACAGCCAUUACCGGCGGCGCUUUGCGGAGUGUGUGGGCUUCAAGUUCCCCAUCUUGGGGGUCCACCUCAAGGACUUGGUGGCUGUUCACGUGGCCCUCCCUGACUGGCUGGACCGUGCACACAAGCGCCUCAAUGGGAACAAGAUGCAGCAGCUGUUCAGCAUCCUCAGUGAGCUCGCCAUGGUCCAGAGCAUCCGACCCCCCUUCGAGGCCAACCCCGACCUCCUCAACCUGCUCACGGUCUCCCUGGAUCAGUACCAGACGGAAGAGGAGAUCUACCAGCUCUCACUGCAAAGGGAACCCCGGAACAAGUCCACACCUUCCAGCCCCACGUCCUCCACCCCCCCACCCCAGCCUGUUGUCAUUGAGGAGUGGGCAUCGGUGCCAAAACCCAAGCCGGACCAGGCGGUCGUGCGCAAGCACAUUGAGAAGAUGGUUGAGUCUGUCUUCCGGAACUUUGAUGUGGAUGGAGAUGGGCAUAUUUCCCAGGAAGAGUUCAAGAUCAUCCGGAACAACUUCCCAUACCUGUGCAAAUUUGGAGACCUGGAUGAGAACCAGGACGGCUGCAUCAGUCGGGAAGAAAUGAUCUCCUACUUCAUGAAGUCCAGCAUGGAGCUCAAUGGCAAAAUGGGCUUCAUCCACAGUUUCCAUGAGACCACGUUCCUGCGCCCCAUUGCCUGUCGCCACUGCAAGGGUCUGAUUCUUGGUCUCUACAAGAAAGGACUAAAAUGUCGAGCCUGCGGUGUGAGCUGCCACAAACAGUGCCGGGACCUCCUCUCCGUGGAAUGCCGGAAGCGCGCCAAGAGUGUCAGCCUUGACAGACCAGCAGCUCUGCCCGCCCGCUCCUUCAGCCUCUCGUUGCCCCGCCCUGGGCGGCCAUCUCUGCGUCAUGCAGAAAUCCAGGAGGAGGGCACCCAGGCCCUGGAGGACGGGGUCUUUGAUGUCCACCUAUGAGGUGGAUGCUGGAGGGAGCCUGGCACCAGAAAGAUCUCCUUGUUUCCUCACCUCCUUGGCCACCGCCGCCACCCUCAAGUCCUCCUCAGCCCGGUCCAAGUGACACCCUCUCCCCUCCCCACCCCCUUAAGUGGAAUUCUGUGUGUUUCAAGGGUGGGGGGGUUUGAUGAGAUGAUGAGAGAGAUGAUCCUGCUGAGGCUCAGGAAAGCCACGAUCGAGUCCAGAGCACCCUCUUCUCUUCCAUGCCUUCCAGGGACGCUGGGGGCUGCCUUGCAGGCCCUUCCCGAAAUGUGCGUGUAUGUUUGUAGCAAGAACUGGACUUAAACAGUGUAAUAAUAACGAAUAAAUUUGACACCUCCC